UGAUGUUGUGGUGGCCGAGCCGAGGAGGGAGAGGCUGGCGAAAUUUCUCUCAUCAGAAGAGAUUGAAAGAGUCAUCAACCCCAAUUCGCGAUUGACGUUUCGACGAUGUCACUUGGCCCGGCUCGUCAUCAGCUCGGCCCAGUCACAUUUCGGCGAUAAUUAAGCCUCGGCCGACGCUGCGACGACAAUUAAUAUGGGAUCCAGGAUUAGAGAAGACGUCAGACACUUUUUUGAGUGCUUCUGCGAAAUUGCAAAACCGCAGCCUGAAAAAGAGGCUUGGAUCGUCCAGAAAUUCCCCGAGUCUUACAAGGACGAAGAGGUCUUGAAGUCUGUGCCCAAAUUUGCAUUUCCCUGCGAAUUCGAAAGCACAAGCGUCCAACAUUUCAAUUUUGUCCUGACGGACAUAGACAGCAAGUGGACCUUUGGCUUUGUCCGUCAUGGUACAAGGUCCGAAACUGCUCUUGUUGUUCUCAGUUACCUGCCGUGGCACGAAGCGUUUCAAAAGUUCCUCAACACAAUAGCCGAUUUGACGGACAGUCCAAAUGACUCUGAACUUUGGAGUUUCCUUGAAGCGGUCUACGAACUGCCUGCCCCUGACCCUGGCAGCACCCUUCAUGUUUCCUUCAACCAGGGUUCAAAGUCAUUUACUUGUCAGUGUCCUAACCAGUUCAAACUUCCGAGCAUCCCUGACAAUAGGAACUUAACGGAAUAUUACAGCGCUGUUGACGCCAACAACAUGAUGGUCAUUUUUGCAUCAAUGCUCUAUGAACGGAGAAUAAUUUUCACUUCGAAACGCUUGUCUCGGCUGAGUGCGUGUGUGCAAGCGGCUAACGCAGUCCUCUACCCUAUGAACUGGCAGCACAUUUUCAUUCCUGUGCUUCCGAUGUCUCUGAUGGACUAUCUCUUGGCACCCAUGCCCUUUCUCAUUGGAGUCCCUACACCCGUUCUGCAGAGGGUACCUAGAUCAGACUUGGGCGAUGUUGUUAUUUUGAAUGCUGAUGCCAACACUGUUGAAUCUCCGUACGAAGAUUUGGAAAGUUUGCCCUUUGAAGUGGUUUCAACUCUGAAAAGAAAACUGCGAAACCGAGCCACUCUUUUGGGUGAUGGUGUCAGUCGGGCCUUCCUGCAAGCCCUGGUGCAGCUCAUUGGAGGCUACAGAGACGCCCUUCGAUUUUAUCAGGGCGAGAAGAUCACCUUCAACGAGGACGCCUUUGUUGAAUCUCGUCCGUCCUCCAUUCAACCUUUCCUGAGAAAAAUGCUUCAUCUUCAGAUUUUCCAACAGUUUAUUGAGGAGAGGCUAGACAUGCUGAAUGCAGGACUGGGUUUUUCCGAUGAGUUUGAGUUGGAGGCCUGCAACUAUUCUGAGAAAUCUAGUUCCAAAUUGAAGCAGCAAUACAAGGAAUGGGCCAGCACAAUGAAAAAAGAGGGCAGCGCCUUUUUCAAGACUGUCAAAAACAGGGCUAAUCCGGCCGUAAAGUCAGCAGUGAAAACUGUCAAAGCAAGAGGGUUGGAGGUAAAGGAACGCAGUCGGACGGCCUACAAGGGCAUCAGGUCUAAGUUUCGGGACAGCCACGUCUCUCCUCACUCACUUCACCAUGACCAUCAUGACACCACCAGCCUCCCCUUCAACGGAAAACCCAGAUCUGCACCUGCUUCUCCCACUGCCACCCCCAGGAGACCAAAGACUCUUGCCGACCCUGGAGUCAAAUCCUACUACAAAGACCAAAAUAGGUUUUUGAAGCCAGCCAGUGACAACAGGGGAAGAUCACUAUCGGCCGCCCUUGCUAGUCCGGACUCAUCUCCGACAGAAAAGCCUCUGCAGAUCUCGCCCAUCGACAUGGACCUACUCGGAGACCUGCAACACCUAAUCUUCAGAGACUGCCAAAAGUUGGGAGAGGAGGCCAAAAAGGAAAUAGAGGGGGGAGAAUCCAAACCGACUGUCGAUCGAUCACUGAAGCCUGUUCGUAGCAUGGACCCAUCGUCCUUGGCUAUCCCGCAGCCCCUCUCCCUGCAGCGCUCGGCCCCGCCGGCGCUCACCCCUUCCACCCCGACCACCCUGGUCAACAACCCCUUCCUCAAUCCCAAGUCGCCCUUCAUGGUGUUGGGCCAGGAUGUGGAGAACCCGACGACCAGCCUGUUCAUUGUCACUUGCCCGCCCCCGCACGAAUUGCCAGCCGUCAUUUCCCCUCCUCCCAGGACGCGAAAAAACUUGCCCAGACCACACCAGCUUCAGCCCUCGGGAGACCUAAUCCAAUUGGACUCAACCCCGAGCGAAGACGACUUUGACCCCCUGAAGCCGAGCGGCCGAAGACCUGUCGCCAAAUCUUCCACGCCGUAUUCGGCUGACCUGCUGUCCAGCGAGCAGUUUGCCUCCCGCGGACCCCACCAUUCUCAGGAAUCUUCUUCCACUUCGCAGCUGAAUCAGACAGAUCGGGACUUGUUGAAGGAGUACGGCCUUGAGUUUGCCUCUGCCAACAACUGGCUCAGCUCGGGCCCCUUCGAGGAAAUCGCCUCGGCCUCUCCGAACCCCAAAGGUCAGUGGGCAACCUUUGACUAAUUUUGUUCAAGUGCGCUGCUCUUCCUCGGCCUCUCGGUCUGUUGGUGAUUUUAAGAAAGUGAAUCAAAAGAAGGUCUGAAGCUGACCUAACGUUUCUCACCAGUCUCCAAGUCUCGCAAAGGCAGAUUUUGGUGCUUUGAAUUGAAAGCAAAGCGUAUAAAUCGUGCUGAUUAUCAUAUUUAUAAAUAUUUCUUGUUGAUUUUUAUUUACAAUUUCAGUAUUGUUUGGAGUAUAUAGUUUUAAAAAUUGGUCAGCUAGUCGCAAAAUCUGGUGAGAAGCAUGCUCAGGCCUUUUUCGAAAAGACACACUGUUAAUGAUGAUAGGCACAAAGUUCGUUUUAUCGGCGAAAUUAUUAGUUUAUUAUAAUUGUAACUGUGAUAAUUGAAUUAUGGUUUUACAUCAAGAGCUGUGUCUGAUGAAAUGGGUGCAGACAAAUAAUGGCAUCUCGAGCUCUUUCAUUUGAUUAUCAGUUUAGCCUCUCUUUAUUCCUCAAUAAUUAUUAUGGAUGGUUGAUUCUUUUAACUGCAGUUUAUGAGUAGCUAAAUUGAUUUGUGCACUGUGUAUAAAAAAAUUGUAAUUGUGAAAUCUUGGACAUUAAUUAUGGAAAAAUCGUGUAUUUCAAAGAAGGCCAAAUAAUAUUUUUGAAAUUAGAAUCGAUUAGAUUUUGCAAAUUUUUGCCACUGCAUCUACUAAUUGUAAAUUUGAAAUUUUUUUCCUGAAAGAUUAUCUGGCCUUAAAAAAAACAUUUCCCUAUGGGAAAUCUAAGCACAGUUCCCACUCUUCACUCCUCUUGUUGAGAUUGCAAUAAUUAUAAAAAAAGAAAUUAUAAAGAUAAAAUUAAUAAUUAUUGUAAUUGGAAUUCAUCAAUUUUAUAGAAUUUAAUUUUUAAUAAAUAUACUUUUAUCUUUAAAAUGAAUCGUAUUUUCAAUCAAUCAAACACAGGUUUAAAACUAGUUAUAAAGUGAGAUUUAUUUUUGGAAAUGAGACGCUCAUUUUCCGUUUUCACAAUUUUAAUUAGCGAGUUGGUUUUGACUUGUCAAAAAUCUGCUUUCUCUCUUUUCAAUACAACAGACGCCUGUCUCGUGGUCAAAUAACAAUUUUCGUAAAAGGGGCUUUGAUGUGCACAAUAAUAAUUGUGUUCAAUUGCAAUAUAAUUAAUAUCAUCACUACAACAACGAGGUCCAGAGAAAUGCGUUCAAGACCUUUGGCGUUCAACAGUUUUCUUUCUCGAGAGAAAAUCUCAAAUGAACACUUGCGCGUCACAACUAUUACAUUUUCGCUUUCACAAAAUUUAGUCCAAAUCAGAAGUGGCAAAAGAGUGGAAGUAUACAUAUAUUUAUUUCAUUUCUCUCUCUUGUAAUUGUUAUAUUAUAUAUUCCAGGGCUCUUACAGAAAUCACAACAAUAUGUAUCGCAUAAUUAUGUAUAAAAGUGGAAAAUUAUUUACAGUUUAUUCACAACGAUGAGACACACUGAUAUGGAAAGAGCUCACUUAGUUUGCCGAGAGCUGAUGCGUUAUUAUUUUUGAUAAGAGGCUUUUUCAAAUGUCAGGGAAAUUAAGUUUGAGAGUUUUGUGUGCAGGAAGGACACGCACUUACAAGUCAAAUUUACUUUCCUUUUUAUUAUUACUUUUAAUAUAUAAUCAACGCCCCAAUUACAGCAACAAUUUAAUUAUUUUGCACAACAAAAAUAAUAUAUAUACCGCUUUUUGCGCAUCUCAUUGCCAAGGCCUUGAAUUUUAUAUGUAUGUGAUAGGGCUUUUCUGUAAAACGUCAAGUACGUUCCAUAUUUUAACAGUUGCCUCUAAAGAGGACACGUAAUAAGUGGAAGGGUAUCAUAUAAUAUAUUAUGUAUGUAUAUCGCAAUAAUUGUUAUUAUUAAAAGUGUGCUGGCAACGCAAAAUCAAGCACGUCGUUUUUCGUAUAAAAUCUGGGGUUAUAUUGGUCAUUUCUGCUCUCUUUUUGUUCCAAACUCAUUUUUAAAUAAUUCAGGCAAAACAGUAUUAUUCAUAAAUUUAUUUAUCAUUUGCCAACUUUUCGUAAUUCUUGUAAAUAUUAGUCAACUUUGAAAAUA